AUGAUUAGAAAUCAUAUUAAUUCAAAUGCAUCUAAUAGAAAUUCUAAUACAUUUCAAUGUCGUUUAAAAGCUUAUCUAUCGAAUGUUGCACUUAUUAGUUCACUUUAUUCAAAUACAUUUCAAGCUCUUUAUCGUUUUUUUCGAAUUAUUUAUUAUACACGUCGUUAUUUUUAUCAUAAUAUUUAUUUAUAUAUUUUUGGUAUAUUAAUUCAAAUAGUUCUAAGUAUUCUUCAACCGUUACCACUUAUUGUCAACGGUGAAUAUCAAUAUGAAGAUUUUCAUUGUCAAAUUCAAUUUACAAAUUAUCGUGGAAUGAUGUUUGCAGCUCUUCUCGUUUGGCUUUUACCAAUUUCAUUUACAAUAUUUAUAUAUGGAUAUACAUUACAUUAUAUACGUUGUAAUUCUGCAUUGUUCAAUGUUCGACAAAGAACAAGAAUUAAACGUGAUUUGAUUGUUAUAAGACGUAUUCUAUGGUUGCUUAUUUUUAUAAUUAUAUUUGGUAUGCCUGCUUGUACCGCAGCUAUUGUCUAUUAUUUAUUAGGUUAUAAUGAAUGGUGGGAAAAUCAUUUUAUCUGGUUAACAUUUGUAUUAUGUUUUAUGGGUGUCAGUAUUGUACAAUCAUACUUUUCUCCUCAUCUUCGUGUUUUAUGGUCAACAAAUUUGCAUCAUACGAAUUCAUCAACAGCAACAAAUUCAUAA